UGACAUACAAUCUACAUUUUAAGGUUAAGUUUAAUGUUUAUAUUUUUUAAAAAGAGAUCUAUUAAGGAUCUGUUACAUCAAUAAUUAUUUAAUUCUUAUUUUAUAAUGAAAACUGUUUUUAUGGUAGCCGAGAAGCCGUCCUUGGCGGCUUCUCUUGCCAGCAUACUAAGUAAUGGAAAAAAUUCUUCUCGUAAAGGAUUUAAUGGAGCUUGCUCGGUACAUGAGUGGAUUGGUGUCUUUAUAAACGCACCAAGCAAGUUUAAAAUGACCUCUGUAUGUGGUCAUGUAUUAGGAGUAGAUUUUAUUAGCAAAUAUAAUAAUUGGGACAGAGUGGAUCCUGUAGAACUAUUUUCUUGCUCUAUCGAAAAGAAAGAAGCUACACCCAAGUUAAAAAUGCCUGCUUUUUUGGCCCAAGAAGCUAAAGGAGCUGACCAUGUGGUACUAUGGUUAGAUUGUGAUAAAGAAGGGGAAAAUAUUUGUUUUGAGGUGAUGGGGGCUGUCGCUGGUAGUGUGUUAGGGGAUAUUAAUUCACCUACUGUUACUUAUAGAGCUAGAUUUUCAGCCAUAACUGAUAAAGAUAUUAAAGCAGCUUUUAAUAAUCUAGGUCAUCCAAAUGAGAAUGAAGCUAAAAGUGUUGAUGCUAGACAAGAACUGGAUUUAAGAAUUGGUUGUGCUUUCACCAGGUUUCAAACCAAGUUUUUCCAAGGAAGAUAUGGAGAUUUAGAUUCUACUCUUAUUUCAUAUGGCCCUUGUCAAACACCUACACUAGGUUUUUGUGUUCAACGUCAUGAUGAUAUUCAAACCUUUAAACCUGAAGCUUAUUGGUGUAUUCAAGUUACACUGACAACCAAGGAUGGACAAGAAGUGUAUUUGGACUGGGGCAGAGUUAGAUGUUUUGAUAAAGAAAUUGCAAAUGUGUUCCUGCAGAUGGUUAAAGAUCAAAGAGAAGCAAAGUUAGUAAGUGUCACUUCAAAGGAAAAAGUAAAAGCUAGGCCCCCAGCUUUAAACACAGUUGAACUGAUGAGAGUUGCUAGUUCUGGUUUGGGAAUGGGACCCCACCAUGCCAUGCAAAUAGCUGAAAAGCUAUAUACUCAAGGGUAUAUAAGUUACCCUAGGACAGAGACAACCAAAUAUCCUGAGAAUUUUGACCUGUUAGGCACAUUGCAGCAGCAGCAAAAUAGUUCCGAAUGGGGUAGUGACGUUAAAGAAAUUUUAAAAAAUGGCUUACAUAGACCAAAAUCAGGUCAUGAUGCAGGUGACCAUCCACCUAUAACACCUAUGAAAGCUGCUUCAAGAAAUGACUUUGAUGGAGAUUCUUGGAAAAUAUAUGACUACAUAACAAGACAUUUUAUUGGAACUCUAGCUAAAGAUUGUAGAUAUCUUAUCACCACAGCUGCAUUUAUAAUAAACAAUGAAGAGUUCUCUGUAUCUGGUAAAACUUUGAUAGAACCUGGAUUUACAACAAUAAUGCCUUGGCAGGCAAUUGGUAAAAAUGAAAUUUUACCUGACUUCACUGCAAAUGAAAUGUUACCAAUAAAAGAAGCAAGAUUAACUGAACAUCAAACCCAACCACCCGAUUACUUAACAGAAGCAGAAUUAAUUACUUUAAUGGAGAAACAUGGAAUAGGCACUGAUGCUUCCAUUCCUGUGCACAUUAAUAACAUAUGCCAAAGAAACUAUGUUUCAGUAAUAAGUGGAAGAAAAUUAAAGCCUACUUCUCUUGGUAUUGUUCUUGUUCAUGGAUACCAAAAAAUUGAUGAAGAACUGGUACUCCCAACUAUGAGAUCUGCUGUAGAAGAACAACUAAACCUCAUAGCUGCCGGGAAAGCGAAUUUUCAUGAUGUUCUAAAACAUACAACUGAAAUAUUUAAACUCAAAUUUCAGUAUUUUGUGAAACAUAUCGAUUCUAUGGAUCAAUUAUUUGAAGUAACAUUUUCUCCUUUAAGUGCAUCUGGAAAAGCCCAUUCAAGGUGUGGCAAAUGUCGAAGGUACAUGAAAUACAUUCAGGCUAAACCUGCUAGACUGCAUUGUCCACAGUGUGAUGAAACCUAUAGUUUACCACAAAAUGGUACAAUUAAGUUGUUUAAAGAACUUAAAUGUCCUCUAGAUGAUUUUGAAUUAUUAUGUUGGACUAUGGGUAAUAAAGGAAAAAGUUUCGUGUUCUGUCCAUAUUGUUAUAACAAUCCUCCAUUUAAAGAUAUGAGGAAAGGUAAUGGUUGUAACUCAUGUUCCCACCCAACUUGUCAAUAUAGUUUAAUUGCGAAUGGAGUUAUAAGUUGUGCAGAAUGUGAAUUUGGAGUUUUGGUUCUAGAUCCAUCUUCAGGACCAAAAUGGAAGUUAGGUUGUAAUAGAUGCGACACCAUUAUCAACCUCUUCAGCGACGCACAAAAAGUCACUAUAUUGGAUGACAAUUGUGACUGUGGCGCCCAGCUGGUCCAUGUAGAAUACAAAUUGGAGAAGAAUAAACUUCAGGGUUCGACUGAAGCGAAAGGCUGCGCUUUUUGUAGCACCGAGUUUGCGAAAUUAGUAGAUAGGCCAAAAGUUGCUGUAACUUCGCGACCGAGGUUAUUUAGGGGCGGUAAAGCUGCAGCUGCUACUGUUGGGAGGGGCAGGGGAGGUAGAGGAGGCAGGGGAAGGCCUCCUAAAGAUAAAAUGUCACAGUUAGCUGCUUAUUUUGUAUAAUAAUUGUGCUAAAAUAGGGAUAUUUAAUUGCUCAUAGAAGAUUGACGGUUUUUCUUUUACAUUAUUUUAUUUUUUAUUUCGUUGCACAUAUACAGGGUAUCUGAAAGUAUUUCAAAUAUCCUCUUUAUCAAGAAUUGAUUUUAGUUUAACAAGAGCUUUAAAAGUAUAAUUUAUGUAUCUUUUAUAAAACCAGUGAAAUUAGGUAAACAUUAUUAAUUACAUAAAAAAUUAUAAUGCAUGGGAAUGAAACAUUUUACAAAAGUUAAAAUAUUUUUUCUACGACUGCUAGACAACACUACACAUUUCUUAUAGCUUACUUGCAGUUAACGUUAUUAAUUUCUCACAUAGUGAAAAAUUACUUCUUAAAUAAACUUCAAAAUACCUAGAUAAUAAAUAUAAUUUAACAGUUACUUCAGUCUUUUAAGUGGUCACAGACUGUCAAAUUUAAUAUCAUUGUCUUUUGUAUGUGUCAGUUUAAAAAAGUAUCUAAAAUAUGCAAGUAGUGUUAAAAAAACUGUUUAACCGUUUAGGUCACUUUUUUUUCUUAUUUCAUAUAUUUAUAUAAUAAAUAUUAAUCAGUCGUAGGAAAAGUAAAGUGUGCAACAUGUUUGAAAAUUAUUUUUCUGUUUGCUUUAAUUGUGACAUAUGAAUCGUCAGGUCGUUUUUCUCAUUUGUUGCACAAAACACUAUUAACGAUAACAAUUAACAAAGUAUGUUGUUAAUAUUUAAUAUUUUAACGAAAAGAAACUUUGUCAGCC